AGUCUGCAGAGGCAGCUGAGGAGGAGGCGAGCAGCACGGGGCCAGCUAAGGUGCGGAAGAUCCACGCUGUAUCUGUGAGCACUGCCCAACGAUCACCUCCAGCAGACGCCUCUGUCCCACGUCCCCAUCAGCCAAGCCCUUUGCUGAAAGGAUGGACAUCAUAGAGAAGGUCUUCUCCAUCGCCCAUGCCAUCCACAGCCAGUUUGAGCACGUCAAGUGCUGCAAGCACCAGUGCCAGCGCCUGGUGGAGCGCAUCCACAUCCUGCUGGAGCCCGUGCGGGUCCUGCAGGCUCAGCCAUCGUGGCGGAUCUCCCACCACGAAGAACAAAUGCUGACCAAGCUGCUCCAGGCGCUGGGGGAGGCCCAGAAGCUGGUGACGAAAUACAGCCAGACCAGCUGGAUCCAGAAGUUCCUGAGCGCCCGCAGCAGUGGAGAGGAGUUUGUUUGGGUGAACAGGAGCCUGGAGGACAUCGCCCAAGGGCUCUCGCUGCUGCUGCAAGCAGAGCAGAAGCAGGCGUUGCUGGAAGCCUUCCAGGCAAAGAUCUGUCGCAGGCAAGAUGCUGAGGAUCUGAGGGAUGACAAGGCUUUCCUGGACCAGGUGAUUGCGAGUACCAAAGAGCCCGAAGAUGAGGCCUGGGAGAUCCAAAUGGGCAGUCAGUGCAUGGAGAGCAAGGUGGACUGGAUGCAAGGCGAGCUGAACAAAAUCGUGCGUGUGAUGGACAGCUUGAAGAAGGUCAAUGUUGGUAAAAGGGAAGACAUCACUGAGAUCGAGCGGAGCCAGCUCACCUUCCACAGGCACCUGCAGGACACUGAGCGCUACGACCUCUAUGAGGGAGAAUAUCUCAAGUACCCAGUUGCCAUCAAAACCUUUAAGAGGCCGCUGACCACCGACACAGUGAAGGUGAGAGAUAUCUUUGAGAAGGAGAUUCAGACCCUGAAGAAGUUUGAGUCUCCAAACAUCCUGCGCAUGUAUGGGAUCUGCAUUGAGGAGAAAGAUGGGAUCCCCUGCUUCUCCAUCGUCAUGGAGUACUGCAAGCACGGGACGCUGCGGGAGGUGCUGACCAAGCAACAGCAUCUCUCCUGGGAAAUCCGUAUUCGGAUGGCCCUGGGAGCUGCAAGGGGCCUUUACAGGUUGCACCAGACGGAGGAGAAGUCCCGACUGCACGGCUGCAUCUGCAGCAGCAAGUUCCUGGUGGCUGGGGAUUACUGUGUGAAGCUGUCAGGAUUUGAGCUGUGUGAAACAGAGUCUUCCAUCAAAAGAAAAGUCAGUAAGAAGAACUUCAGCCAAGUCUGUAUGUUGGCUUACAUUGCCCCCGAGAACCUGAUGGACGUCUAUUACCCAUACAAGAGGCCCUGUGAGAUAUACAGCUUUGGGAUCGUGCUGUGGGAGAUUGCAACCUCCAAAAUCCCAUUUGAAGGCUGCCCUCUCCAGGAGAUCAGGGACAAAAUCUGCGAGCACCGAUACCAGGAGCCAGUUGGGGAAGAUUGUCCUGAAGAGCUGGAGAAAGUCAUCAAUCAGUGUCGGGCCUUCGAUCCGUUCCAGCGCCCGUCUGCUGAGCAGAUCGUGGACUUGCUGGCUGACCUGGAGAAAAGGAGGAUCCAAUGCAGCUAGCUGCGGAGAGCCCGAGCAGGCCGCCCAGACCGGCCUCCCUGCCUUCUGCCCUGUGCCUCAGUGACUGCAACCAUCCAAGUGUCAAUAUAUGUUUAUUUGUUUAAAUAAGACUGGACAAUCUCUGA